AUGCGCUUUCAAAGCUUCAAACAACAGGACCCCCAGUUUCUAUUUGCGAUGACGCUAUUAUACCUGCAGGGUGAAACCGUGAGUGUGAACGAGGAGAAGGCAGAUGACGAUGAGAAGAAAGAUACAGAGGAGGAGGAGGAGGAGGAGGAGGAGGAGGAGGAAAAUGCACGGGACUACGAGGAAACAGCUGAGAAUAUUAGUCCUUACCUGACCCACCUUUUUUUCGUGAACGAGGGCGACGAGGAAGAAGGCCGCACUUGCGACCAUUUUCGACAGAGACUUGAAAACAGUCUGGCACGUGAGUUCCCUGAUGCAGCCAUGCUUAAAAGGCAGCUCACCGGCUCUCACCCCCCGCCCCCCACCGUGACAACUUUUUCCUAA